AUGAUAAAACGUCUAUACUUAUCAAGUAUGAAUCACAAAGAAACAGAAACUACUAAUUCUAAACAUUGGAAAGUUAGACUUUCAAUUUGGUGUUUAAAACUUUCAUUAAUAGAUAAAAAAAUCUUUGAGAUUUUAUCAGAAUCUGUGUGUAGAUAUCAUAAUGACCGUUGGAAUCCUUUGACUCUCUCUUUGGUAUCACACUAUUGGCUUGUGGAAAUCAUCUCUAAAUCACAACCUAGAAUCACUACAUUGAGUAAUGAAGUAGAGUUUCUUGUUGGAUUACCACAAUCCUAUUAUCGAUCCUAUGCCAAACUUUAUGACAAUGUUCAAACCACCGAUAUUCCAGUAUUCAAUAUGAAACUCACCAAAUUGACAAUCAUCUCUUUAGAUCAUGAGAAAAAGAUAAAAAAGAGUAGAAAGAAGAUGUCAAAAGACUAUUAUGAUCGUUGGUUAAACCGUCGUGAUUGGAUAACACAAUAUAAUGACGCAUUGCUAUCGUUGUGGUCAUUCGAUUCACUCACUGUCAUUGGUUUAUUUGAAGGACAACAAUUGGAUCAACUAUUAAUUGCCAAUCGUCUGAGAAAAUUAAGAGUCUAUCACGAUACCGCCAAUGAAUUUCAUUUGGAAUCAUUUCCUAAUCUAACGAAAUAUACUAUUCGUCAUGACAAGGAGGAAUGGUCAUUAGAAGAAUCGGCAACAGAUAUAUUCUUUAUGCCAAAUCAUAAUCAAUCUCUUACCUCAUUGGUUAUCAACAUUCCAUUCAACAGGAAUCAUCCUCUCGAUCAAGAUGCUCAACCAAUGCCCAAUGUAACAUCACUAGAGUUAAACAAUCAAAAUGGCUUUGGUCCAUGGUCAAAUAGAGUACAAGAGAGAAUACCAUUGAAUAUCGCUCACUACUUUCCAAAUUUAACUACUCUAAGUCUCGAUAAUAUCUAUCAUCUAAUGGUCUACUCUUCAAAGGAUGAAAUGAAUACGUUACCACUACCAGUGUUAAUUGGUAAGCUAAAACAGCUCCGUCAUCUUUCGAUUAACAAUAAGAGACCAUCUGGUUUAUCGAAAAUUGAUAAAACUCUUGGUGUUUAUCCACGUUACUACUCAGAGUUUGAAACAGGUGAAACCGCUCAACUAUUUGCUAGAGAUUUGUUAGAGAUUGGUGGUCAGCUACAUACUUUAAAGCUAAAGGGUGAAGUAACUCUCUUUUCCCCACUUCUAUCACAGUCAUUGAGUUCUCUAACCAACUUGAAAAGACUAUCAACUUCACACGUCCUCACAAUGGAUGAUGUCAAUCUCUUGACACUCUUGAAUAGUUCUCUCAAAAGAGUUUCAGCCAACUUUUACAAACACAAGAACAAUGCAUUGUUGCACAUUAUCAAGAACAACAAGAACAUUGUGGUUAUAAAAGAUUAUUCAUUCGAUGGUUAUCCAACAGCAGAGCUAUUCAAUGCUUUGAGUGAUGGUGAUACAAAGUUAGAGAAACUACAAUUGGUUUGUGACAAUGAUAUGGUUCCUAAAACAAAGUGUUCUAACCUUUCUGUACACAUAUCAAUGGUUAACAGAAACAAACACAAACAACCAAGACAUCAAAACAAAGAACAAUAUCAACACUACAGAAAGUUAAUGUAUUUCGGAAACCAAGAAGAUGUCCAUGAUAAUGAAGAUCAAAGUGAAUCAAUUGAAUAA